ACUCUUGUGACUAGGUCAGUUUUGACUCGAACAUCUCGACAAAUCCCAGCUCUUUGAAGUUUGUCUCUUUAUCGUAUAUUUCUAAGGGAACGUUGCUGUACGAACAAGCAACAUGUCGAUCCGCCCUGUCUACAGGCCAACCAUUGUCAAGAAGAGGACGAAGAAGUUCAUAAGGCAUCAAAGUGAUCGCUAUGACAAGCUCAAGCGUAACUGGCGUAAACCUAAAGGUAUCGACAACAGAGUUCGUAGGCGUUUUAAGGGACAGUACCUUAUGCCAAAUAUUGGUUACGGAUCAAACAAGAAGACCCGUCAUAUGCUGCCUACUGGAUUCCGCAAAGUCCUCGUUCACAACGUUAAGGAGUUGGAAGUCCUGAUGAUGCAGAACCGCAAAUUCUGCGCAGAAAUAGCUCAUGCUGUCAGUAGCAAGAAACGCAAAGCUAUUGUUGAACGUGCGCAACAACUCUCUAUUCGCGUAACGAAUGCCAAUGCUCGUCUACGCUCUGAAGAGAAUGAAUAAAUUUUAAAAUCUUAACGAAAGGCCAAUAAAAAUUUAUAAAAUACAAA